AUGCCAUUCGAUAUUCAUAUGAAAAAUCCCAGUGCCAGAAAGGGGUUUUGGAAACGUCUGGGACGACAUAGAGGGUGGGGUUAUCCUGAUGUUUUACAAAUUAGAGGCUCCGUACUUCCAAGUUGUGUGCCUAUUCUUUUCUUUUCAACACUUUUCACCACUCUUAUAGCUGUUCUAUAUCAAAUCUUUGGUAUCAAUGUAACUCUUCCAGAGAGUUUAGUUGGUACUGUUGCUGUGGUGGUCGGUCUUUUAUUGGCUUUCCGUACGAAUAACGCCUAUGAUCGUUAUUAUGAAGGCAGAAAAUUAUUCACUUCAAUGUGCACUCAAAUUCGAAACGCUACACGAAAUAUUUGGGUUGGUGUAAGAGAACUUGACGAAGCUGAUCGUAAAGAAAAAGAAAUGAAUAUUCGACUUUUAUUAGCAUUUGCAGUCGCUAUUAAACAUCAUCUUCGUUUAGAAUUUGGUACGGAUUGGUUUGACUUGACGAGUCUUCUCCCUGAUGGAUUUCAAUUAACGUACUUUGAUGGGAACGUUGCACAAGAAAAUACGAUAUUGGGAGCAGGACAUGAUGAAGAUCCUAAUAGGAGUAUUGCUAAUAGACCUUCACAGGAAAGUCAUGAUCAAUCACUUCGUACAAUCGCAAACAGGAUUUCUCCUACAACUUAUAAAUAUCUUCAUAAUUCAUUCUCUCGUGAUGAAACAACUAUAUGGUUUGGAGCAUCAGAAUGGGGUAGUGAUAUUGAUGCUAGUAUGAGUUUGCCACUUGAAAUUAUUUUUCACAUUGGGUUAUAUAUCGAUAAAAAACAACAUAAUGGUUCUUUGGAUGGUGCUCGUUUUGGUGCAAUUUCUGGAAAUUUAAAUUCUCUUGUGGAAAUUUUCGGUGAUUUAGAAAGAAUUAGUGACACCCCUAUCCCAUUUGCUUAUAACAUUCAUUUGAAACAAGCUGUCCUUUUGUAUGUUUGGGUACUUCCGCUCACUUUGGUCGAAAAAAUCGGAUGGACUGUUAUUCCAACCGUCUUUUUGGUUGCUUUUGUGCUUUUCGGUGCUGAAAUUGAAAAUCCAUUCGGUUUUGACAAAAAUGAUUUGCCAUUGGAUGGAUAUUGCGAUGAUCUGAAAGCUGAAAUUGAAUACUUGCAACGUCAUAUUCCUUCCGUAAAGGCAAUUCCAGCAUCUCAAUCUCCCCUGUAUAGUUGA